CUAGGCGAGGCUUAGGCGAGCCGGAACCCGGGAGCGAGCGAAGCGCAAUGACAUUUCCUCUUUAAAUAACCGGAGCCGGGGCCCCUUGGAGAAAUGGCCGCGUCGGCAGAUUUAAGUAAGUCUUCCCCAACAACGAAUGGGAUUCCAUCUUCAGACACAACCAACGAAGCCAUGGACCCCUUCCAUGCUUGCAGUAUUCUUAAGCAACUCAAAACAAUGUACGAUGAAGGACAGUUGACAGACAUUGUAGUGGAAGUGGAUCACGGGAAAACAUUUUCCUGUCAUAGAAACGUUCUUGCUGCAAUCAGCCCCUACUUCAGAUCCAUGUUCACUAGCGGCCUUACGGAAAGUACUCAGAAAGAAGUUCGAAUCAUCGGUGUUGAAGCUGAAUCAAUGGAUUUAGUAUUGAAUUAUGCCUAUACCUCUAGAGUUGUUCUGACAGAGGCCAAUGUUCAGGCUUUGUUCACUACAGCUAGCAUCUUCCAAAUUCCUUCCAUACAAGACCAAUGUGCUAAGUAUAUGAUUAGUCAUUUGGAACCACAGAAUUCUAUUGGAGUCUUUAUCUUUGCUGAUCAUUAUGGUCAUCAGGAACUUGGAGAUAGAUCAAAAGAAUACAUCCGUAAAAAGUUUCUGUGUGUCACCAAAGAACAAGAGUUUCUGCAGCUGACAAAAGACCAACUCAUAAGCAUACUAGACAGUGAUGAUUUAAAUGUAGACCGGGAAGAGCACGUUUAUGAGAGCAUUAUAAGGUGGUUUGAACAUGAACAGAAUGAAAGAGAAGUACACCUUCCGGAAAUUUUUGCCAAAUGUAUACGUUUUCCAUUGAUGGAAGAUACAUUUAUCGAGAAAAUUCCACCUCAGUUUGCACAGGCCAUAACCAAAAGCUAUGGAGAAAAGGGGCUAUCCAACACCAAUGGCUGUACGCAGAGGCUUGGAAUGACUGCUUCUGAAAUGAUCAUAUGUUUUGAUGCUGCACACAAACACUCAGGAAAGAAGCAAACAGUGCCUUGUCUAGAUAUAGUCACAGGAAGAGUGUUUAAACUAUGCAAACCACCAAAUGACCUACGAGAAGUUGGGAUCCUUGUAUCACCAGAUAAUGACAUUUACAUCGCAGGGGGGUACAGGCCCAGCAGCAGUGAGGUCUCCAUCGAUCAUAAGGCAGAAAAUGAUUUUUGGAUGUAUGACCAUUCCACCAAUAGAUGGCUAUCCAAGCCAUCCUUGCUUCGAGCCAGAAUAGGCUGCAAACUCGUGCACUGCUGUGGUAAAAUGUAUGCAAUUGGAGGGCGUGUGUAUGAAGGUGAUGGAAGAAACUCCCUCAAGUCCGUGGAGUGCUAUGAUAGCAGAGAGAACUGUUGGAUGACUGUCUGUGCCAUGCCCGUUGCAAUGGAGUUUCACAAUGCUGUGGAGCACAAAGAAAAGAUCUAUGUUUUACAGGGGGAAUUUUUCCUCUUCUAUGAGCCUCAAAAAGACUACUGGGGGUUUUUAACCCCCAUGACUGUGCCUAGAAUCCAGGGCUUGGCAGCUGUGUACAAGGACUCGAUCUACUACAUAGCUGGAACCUGUGGAAAUCAUCAGCGUGUGUUUACUGUAGAAGCCUAUGAUAUCGAGCUAAAUAAAUGGACUCGUAAGAAGGACUUUCCAUGUGAUCAAUCCAUAAAUCCAUACCUGAAGCUAGUGCUUUUCCAGAAUAAGCUCCACCUGUUUGUCCGAGCUACUCAAGUGACUGUUGAAGAACACAUCUUCAGAACCAGCAGGAAAAAUUCUCUUUACCAGUAUGACGACAUUGCCGACCAGUGGAUGAAAGUGUACGAGACCCCUGACCGAUUGUGGGACCUUGGCCGCCAUUUUGAGUGUGCUGUGGCUAAACUCUAUCCUCAGUGUCUUCAGAAAGUACUGUAAGAAGUGGCAGGCCUCAGCACGUCUCUGUCAUCUCCUACUAAGGGACCUUGUUUGGAAACGCUGUCGACAUUGAAGA